GGAUGCAUAUUACCCAUGAAGGGCGAUACAGUAAUUUCGUCUCCGGCGAAAACCCUACUUCCUUCGCGGCUGCUGCUCCUCGCGGGUCUCCCAUUUCCUCUCGCUCUCUCGGUCUCUUCUAUUGCAGCCGCUGCUCCUUUCACUCCGUCGCCGGCGCCAAAAGGGACGACCUGUCUCGUCGCCUUAGCGAUAUCGAUGGGGACACUAGGUAGGGUGAUCUACACCGUCGGAUUCUGGAUCCGGGAGACCGGCCAGGCCAUUGAUCGUCUCGGCUCUCGACUCCAGGGAAAUUAUCUCUUCCAAGAGCAGAUAUCAAGGCAUCGCACACUUAUGAACAUAUUUGACAAAGUGCCUAAUGUUCACAAAGAUGCUUUUGUUGCUCCUAGUGCAUCUGUUAUUGGUGAUGUCCAAGUGGGCCAUGGAUCAUCAAUCUGGUAUGGAUGUGUUUUGCGAGGCGAUGUGAACAGCAUCUAUGUGGGAUCUGGCACCAAUAUACAAGAUAAUUCUCUCGUUCACGUGGCAAAAUCUAAUCUUAGUGGGAAGGUCCUGCCAACUAUAAUUGGAGAUAAUGUGACAGUAGGUCAUAGUGCCGUUUUGCACGGAUGCACCGUUGAGAAUGAAUCAUUUGUUGGAAUGGGAGCAGUCCUACUCGAUGGAGUAGUUGUGGAAGAGCAUGGGAUGGUUGCUGCUGGAUCCCUUGUAAGGCAGAAUACAAAGAUCCCUUCUGGAGAGGUAUGGGGAGGCAAUCCUGCAAAGUUCUUGAGAAAGCUCACCGACGAAGAGAGAGCUUUCAUAGCGCAAUCUGCAACGAGCUACACUAAUUUAGCCCAAGUGCAUGCGGCUGAGAAUUCAAAGUCGUUUGACGAGAUUGAGUUCGAGAAGCUUCUGCGCAAGAGGUUCGCCCGCCGGGACGAGGAGUAUGACUCCAUGCUCGGAAUAGUUCGCGAAACCCCCGCAGAGCUCAUUCUUCCGGACAAUAUCCUGCCCGACAAGGCCCGCGCCACCACCCCUUCUUCUCAAUAACAGUCAUCUGAGAGCUUCCUUUACGAGGAUGUUAAAUUGCUUUCAGCUGCUCGCUCAUGAAAUGCAUGAGCUUGAGAAAACCCUCGGCAGGGAUGUACCUCUGAGGUUAAUAAUUCGAAACUCUUCAUCCAUCAUUUCUUCCAAGAGCCAUGCAAAAUGGCAGACGGAUAGACUCCAAUUAUUUUGAUUUAUAUUUUUAUUUAAAUUUAGUUUAGUUUAAUGAUCA